GUUUCGGUUCAACCGUAGCGUUUGGUUUCCCAGCCACAGCGAUAUGGUGCCUCCAGGGAAAAAGCCAGCCGGGGAAACUUCCAAUUCCAAUAAAAAGUGUAAGCGCUAUUUCAAUGAGCACUGGAAGGAAGAAUUUACCUGGCUGGAGUUUGACUAUGAGAGGAAACUCAUGUUUUGCAUAGAGUGUCGUCAGGCGCUGGUGAAGAACAAGCACGGUAAAGCCGAGAAUGCCUUUACUGUGGGCACAGACAACUUCCAGCGCCACGCGCUGCUGCGGCACGUCACCUCCGGCGCCCAUCGCCAGGCGCUGGCGGUGAACAGAGAGCAGAUGGCCUUCGAGACACGAGUCCGUGGCCACCCGGAGCUGCGCUCGCUCAUCAAGGUGGAGGUGAACCCGGCGAAGGUGGCCGUCCUCACCACCGUCUACUGGAUGGCCAAGGAGGAGAUCCCAGAUGACAAGUGUUCCUCCCUGCUCGACUUCCAGAAGUUCAACCUGUGCCAGGCGCUGCUGGCCUCUGAGCACAGCGAGUACUACCAUCCUGGCAGCAUCAGGGAGAUGCAGGCAGCGAUCGCCAAAGUCCUGCACAACGAGGACAGGCACAGGAUAAAAGCCUCGCCGUUUGUCGGGCUGGUGGUGGACGAGACGGUGGACAUCCUGCAGCACCGCAGCCUGGCCAUGUUCACCACCACCAUCUCCCCCUGCAAUGGGCAGACCUCUGCCACCUUCCUGGGGAGCUUCGAGCUGCCCGCCGGCGAGGCCUCCACGGUGGCGGGCAAGGUGGGCGAGGUGAUGCGCUCCUUCGGCAUCCCCACCAUGAAGAUGACGUGGCUCAGCGCCGACAGUGCCUCGCUGAUGGCCGAGCGGCUGAGCGGGGUGGGCACCGCGCUGAGCUCCGUCUGCCCGCUCCUCAUGGAGAUGCACUGCCUGUCCCACGGCAGCUCCCUGCUGUCGGCCGACAGCGUCGUCAGCAUCGAGUACCUCCAGAAAUAUGAGACCACGGUGGACGCCGUGUACAGGCUCUACUCCAGCUUCAGGGGGGGAAGCAGUGGCUUGCAGGAGCUGCAGAGCGUCCUGGACCUCUGUGGGAUAGACCUCAGGAGCCCCAAAGCCAUCCACUGGACUUCUGUUUUCCCAGCUGUGGAAGCCAUCGAUUCCUCGUGGCCCACGCUGGUGCUGCUGCUGGAGAGCGAGGCGGAGCGGUCGCCCGUGGCCCACGGGCUCUGCCAAGAGCUCAAGAAGUUCCAGUUUGUGGCCUUCACCAAGAUCCUCCUGGAUGUCCUCCCCAUCUUCCAGAAACUCAGCCGCCUCUUCCAGAUUGAGGACUUUGACCUCUCCAUCCUGAAGCCCAUCGUCUCCGCCACCGCUACCACCCUGCAGGCCCAGAAGAGUGCCAGCGGCCAGAACCUCCAGGAGUUCCUCAACGAGAUGAACGAGCACCCGCGGGAUGACCGGGAGGGCGAGAGCCGCCUUUACUACAAGGGUGUCGAGCUGGCCAACUGCUCCAAAGUGCACCUGAAGCAUUUUGAGUGCCUGAAGGAGCGCUACCUGGAGAGUGUGAGGGUCAACCUGCUGGACAGGUUUCCCAGCAGCAUCCUGGAGGCCAUCAGCUCCUUCUCGGUCAUCUUCAACCCCAAGUGCUACCCUCAGUCUUUGGAGGACCUUGGCAGCUAUGGGGUCAGCGAGCUGAAUUUCCUCCUGCAGGCUUACUCCCGGGUGGUGGUGAGCGAGAGGGCCCUGAGCGAUUUCCCCCUCUUCAAGAGGAUUGUCUUCAGCCUCAGCCAGCUCUCCUUCAAGGACCUCUGCAUCAAGCUGGUCUACAGCAACUCCGAGAUGCAUGAGCUCUUCCCGGACUUUGCCGUCCUCGCAGCCAUCGCCUUGGCCUUGCCACUGGGCUCGGUACUCACCGAGAAGAUCAGCCGUGGCCGGGAGCUGCUGAAGCGCGGCCGGUCGCGGCACACCAAGGGCGAGGGGUUCUCCGACCUCAUGAAGAUCGCCAUCGACGGGCCGGCCAUCAACGAGUUUGACUUUGCGUUGGCCAUUGAGUACUACGAGAGCAUGAGGGAGUCUGGCUUCAUCGUGGCGCAGGUGAAGUGAGAGGUGGCUGGUGAAGGCUGCGGGCAGCCCCCAGGUCAUGCCACCUUUCCCCAUCGCUGGUCACUGCCAGGGCCAGGCGGCCAGCGGUGGCUGGUGACCUGCUCCAUUGCUGGGAAGAGAAAACGGGAUCCUUCACCAUGCUGAUCCCACAGCCACCCUUCCCUCACCCCCA